UUAAAAUGUUGCAGCUGUUCGUCAUAUCAUUGCAUUCAUGUGACAACCCUUGCAAAAGCCAUGCAAAUCGUUGAAGAGGAUGAAAUGGAUUCUCCAUUGGCACUUUUUAAGUGUUCCUUUGGAAUUACACCAGAGAUGCGAGACUAUUUUGAAUUGGCUACACUUAGCAAAGAAAAGGUUUCUUUAUUUGAAACAGGCAAUGAGAAUGAUGCAAGCGAUUUUACUGAUCUUCCUGAAAAAAAUGGUCAUAAAAUUUUGGCGCCAUCUGAAAGUGGUAUUUGUUCUUGUGGUGCAGAGUGGGAUAAACGUUCUAUUCAAGAUGAAUGGUUGUACGUAGACGUGUGUUCAGUUGCGUACUUUUAUUCAAUCCAUGAUGUGAAGGUGUAUUGUAGACCUUGCUCCUCUUGUGCUACGAAAAAGCAUUAUGAUGGCAUUGAAAACAGGAUUGUAUGGUUUGGAUCAUAUGCAAUAUCUCAUGCCGUUCUAAAAGAUUACAUUCGGCUUUUCAUAACGUCGAGUUUACCUAUGUACAAAUAUUAUGUUGCGUAUGUACAAAGGCAAGUGUCUUCGGGUAAUUUUAAUUUCCCAAAGGAAAUAACUUACGCCAAGUUUCGUCUCGCUAUCAUUGCCAUGAUACGGUUGCUUGAUAUUGAUUUUGACAAUGGGUUUUUUUGUGAAUUAUGUGGAAGAAUUCCCCAAAAGGUGGUGAUGGAUGGAACAACUCUUGGAAUACAGAAAACUUUCUUACCAAAUAAUUUAAGAGAGUCUGAUACUGGAUUGCUAGAUGGAAGUAGGUAUGAAAUGCGCAAUUUCAUCAACAGGAGAAAUGUGCGAGCUUUAUUGAAGAAGUACAGUGAUUCAAAGCUAAGUUGGGACGAAUUUCAAAAAUUAAAAUUUGAAAUAUCUCCGAAGGGGCUUAGGACUCUACUUGAAUGGUUAGAGAAACAAGGAUUUAUCACUAGUUAUCCAAACUCGUGCAGAAGGUUAUUGGCAGCAUUGGCUUCUGACAAACCAGUAUGCGCAAUUGUGCCCCCCAAAGAAGAAGUUUUGGACCUCUUGAUUAUUAUGUCUGAUGAAGCCAAUCCAAAAGACAGUCCUUCGACUUCGUGUGAUAAAAAUUAAUGCCCAACAUAAAGUUCUGAUUAGAGCCAUAGAAAUAGAUUAGAGGCCAGUGAAAGUAGGUUUGCGGUAGACGGAAGUCACCAACUUCUUCACCAACUUCCACAGCUUCAUCCCACUUACUUACAAACUUUCACUAGUCUCCUGCUUACUU